CGGACUGGAAGGGGGGGAAAGUGUCCGGACUGGAAGGGGGUGAAAGUGUCCGGACUGGAAGGGGGUAAAAGUGUACGGACUGGAAGGGGGGAAAGUGUCCGGACUGGAAGGGGGGGAAAGUGUCCGGACUGGAAGGGGGUGAAAGUGUCCGGACUGGAAGGGGGUGAAAGUGUCCGGACUGGAAGGGGGGGAAAGUGUCUGGACUGGAAGGGGGGAAAGUGUCUGGACUGGAAGGGGGGAAAGUGUCCGGACUGGAAGGGGGGGAAAGUGUCCGGACUGGAAGGGGGUAAAAGUGUCCGGACUGGAAGGGGGGGGAAAGUGUCCGGACUGGAAGGGGGGGAAAGUGUCCGGACUGGAAGGGGGUGAAAG